AUGAGCGCAGAAAGCAUGUCCAGCCAUGACUACGAUACCGGCUUCACGCACGCCUCUCCCCAGCUCACAGACCCGAACCUGUUUGCAUCCUCAAGCGCGGACGCUGCCUCCCACUAUGCCCCAGCGCCCAUGAGCUACCCGCUAAGUCCGUCCCCGUCGCACAUUUUAUCUUCGGCACCAAGUGGCAUGAGCUCUCCUAUGAGCCCGCGGCGCCGCACACGCGAUUCGCCGGUGCAGCAGUCGCUGCCGUACACAAAAGAGUUUGUCGACGAGUACCGCAAGCGAAUGAAGGCCGAUCCCGAUCCCGAAGCGCAGUUUGCAUUUGCCAUGUACCUCAUCGAUGCUGCGAAACGCGUCGCGGAUCCGCGCGAUACGUCGAAACAGGCGCGCAAGUACCGUGACGCGCUGCUUUCCGAUAGUUUGCGCCUCAUCAAGCGCCUCGCGACUGCAGGACUUGUGCCGGGAAAGCCCCCCUUUGCAGAUGCACAGUUUUACCUGGCAAACUGUUUUGGCCACGGCUCACUGGGCCUUCCUGUGGACCAUACGAGAGCGUACCAUCUCUACGUGCAGGCCUCGAAACAAAACCAUCCCGCAGCGACGUACCGUACCGCGGUGUGCAACGAAGUCGGCGCUGGAACAAAACGCAACUACCAGCGCGGUGUGCUGUUUUACCGAAAAGCCGCGUCGCUAGGGGACACUGCGGGCAUGUACAAGCUCGCAAUGAUUCUGCUGUAUGGCCAGCUCGACGUUCCGCCUAAUAAGCGCGAGGCGAUUGUGUGGCUCCGGCGCGCUGCCGAGCAGGCCGACGAAGACAACCCACACGCACUCCACGAGCUUGCUUUGCUCCACGAGACGCCCGCAUGCAGUAUUGUGCCGCACGACGAAGCAUACGCGCGCGAUUUGUAUACCCAAGCAGCGCAGCUCGAGUACGCCCCCAGCCAGUUCCGCCUCGGCGAGGCGUAUGCGAGUGGAACUCUGGCGUGCCCAAUCGAUCCACGAACGAGCAUUAGCUGGCACACCAAGGCUGCGAAUCAUGGCGACGGAAAUGCCGAGCUGGCACUCAGUGGAUGGUAUUUGACCGGCGCCGAUGGCGUUUUGCAGCAGUCUGACGCCGAGGCGUACUUGUGGGCGCGCCGUGCCGCGAAUAAAGGCGUGGCAAAAGCCGAGUACGCGGUCGGGUACUAUGCAGAAACGGGCAUCGGUACACGCCAGGAUAUGGAAGAGGCAAAAAGGUGGUAUGCACGCGCUGCUGCACAAGGACACGAUCGUGCGCAGCAGCAUUUGCACAACCUGCGCAGUACGGGCGGGAAGAGCAAGGACUCCGACUGUGUCGUGAUGUGA